AAAUGGUUGAAGGUAGGGAACCCUGUAUAAAAAGCUUGAAUGUAAUUAGCUGAUUUGUUUCUUGAUUUUUGCAGGGAACAUGUGCAAGUGUAAUGUGUUUACAACAAUAGAAUCAGAUGAAAAGAAUGUGGACAUUGAUGAGAAUCUUGACGACCCAUAGUUAUGUGUGACCAUUUUGUGUGAUAUGUACAAGUACUUAGAGAUCCCGAGGUUUGAAUAGUUUGUUUGUGUACUGAUGAAGUGUAGCCUCGUUUUUUUAUAACAAGACAUGUUGUCUAGGUCCUUUUAUUUGUUAACUAUAAAUAGUUAUGCAAUUUUCAUUGAUUAAUUUAUAAAUUUUCCUCCAGGUAAGAAAAAACCAACGACUAACUUCAUGGAAAAGGUGCAAACAGGCAUAAUUGCCAGCUUGCGAGCAACUUUCAUUGAAUGGCAUCAAUUCUAAUUUUUUGUUUCAUAAACAUGUUUAGUCUUGUUUCAUUUUUUUUUAAUCUUUGGAUAAUGAUGGGGAACACAAUAUCAUUUCUCUUUUGGUGUUCUAUUUAUGCAUUUCUAUGGAAAGCAUUCCGACUUAUUAUAUCAACUUGGAAUCAUAGGUUGCAGAGGAAUACAUACUUGUUCCCGCGACAUUGUAGUUGGUAGCUAUAUAUAUAGACUGUUAUGUUUCUGCAAAUGUAUGGAUGUACAAGAAAUUGCAAUUGCCUGGUACAUAAUAGUAUAAAUGCGUACUUGCAGGAAAUAUGCGGGGAUUUGCUUCCCUAUAAGCAUCUACUUAAUGUGCUUAAUGUGCAAUACAGGAUGCAUCCAUCUAUAAGCCGUUUUCCUAACUUGAAUAUUUAUCUUAACCAGAUAUUAGAUGCACCUUAUGUGAAGAGUCGAAGCUAUGAAAGACGAUUUCUGCAAGGGAGAAUGUUUGGACCAUAUUCUUUCAUAAAUGUUCGUGGAGGAAAAGAAGAAUUAGAUGAUGUUGGGCACAGCCGAAGAAAUAUGGUUGAGGUUUCUGUAAUUGUGAAACUAGUGCAAAAGCUUUAUAAAGCAUGGGAUGGCUCAAAUGAGAGUCUUAGCAUCGGUUUAAUUUCACCCUACGCUGCAUAAGUUGCGGCAAUUCGUGAUAGGCUUCAUCAGAAGUACGAAAACCUUAAGGGGUUUACAGUAAAGGUGAAGUCUGUUGAUGGCUUUCAAGGUGGCGAAGAAGACAUUAUAAUUAUAUCCAUUGUGAGGUCCCAUAGUGGUUUUAUUCAGUGAUAACUUUCGAAAGUCAUUCCAAAGCCUGAAGCUUUCCAACGUUAAGAAGCUAGCCAUAAAUAUUUCGCUUAAGCUUGCAAGUGGUUGGAGGCCGAAGAAAGUAUUCGUGGAUUGGGAGUGCGAGAACUCUUCGUAUAUCGUGAAGCAAUUCAAGGCUGAAAAAUACUUUGUUAUUUGCUCCAUCGAUAUUACUAAGGACUCCAUCUAUUUCCAAGUUUUCAAAGUGUGGGACAUAUUGCCUAUUGUCGAGACCCCAAAGUUGUUGACUCGUCUUGACAGCAUAUUAUAUUCGCAAUGUACACGGAUGACUAUCAAACACUGCAACGAGAAAUUGUUCGAAGGAAAUUUGGAGGUUCCAAGGAGUUGGUCAGUUUCUAAGGAUAUAAAUCGUUACAAGAACUCCAAUAAUGCCAACUUCAAUGCUAGUGCAAGUGCCAGUGCAAACGAUGGUAGAACUUUUGUGGAGAAUUCGAAAGUGAACGAGAGCUUACUGUUGAUGAAAUUCUACUCACUAUCAUCGGGAAUCGUGAAUCAUUUGCUUACUGAUACUGAGGGCCGAGAAGUGGAUCUCCCAUUUGAGGUUACUGACGAGGAGCGUGAGAUAAUAAUGUUCUCCAAAAGCAGCUUCAUACUUGGAAGAUCUGGCACUGGGUAGACAACUGUUUUGACUAUGAAGCUGUACCAAAAGCUUUUCAACAAUAUUUCAUAACUUCACAUGAAUCUGUUGGCAAUAGAGAUUCUGAUUCUGAUUCUGAAUCUGUAGAAUCUCCCACACUGCACCAGCUUUUAGUGACCGUGAGCCCAAAACUCUGUUUUGCUGUCAAAAAGCAUAUUACUCAGCUGAAGAGUGGAAACCUUGUUGGGAGCAUGACUGCUAUGGAUGAAAUUGAUGAAUUGGCCGAGUUUAAAGAUAUUCCAAACACAUUUGUUGGUAUUCAACCAGAAAAGUACCCUCUAAUCAUCACAUUCCGUAAGUUUCUAAUGAUGCUUGAUGGUACUUUGGGUAAUUCGUAUUUCGUGAGGUUUGGUGAAGUGAGAGGUUUCUCUCAAUAUGACAGUGGAAGAUCGAUUGCUCUUCAGACUUUCAUUCGAAAAAACGAGGUUACUUAUGACCAUUUUCGGGCCUUAUACUGGCCCCAUCUCAAUGAAAAGCUAACAAAAGAAUCUCGAUCCAUCACGAGUUUUCAUCGAAAUUAUGUCUCACAUUAAAGGCGGACUGCAAGAAGGCGAAGCAUGCAAUGGAAGAAUAAGCAGAAAAGAGUACUUAUUGUUAUCCAAAAGUAGGAUCUUGACUUUUGACUGCUGAAAAGAGGGAGUUCGUGUAUGAUUUUUUUGAGGAUUAUGAGAAGAUGAUGGAACGUGGCGAGUUUGAUCUUGCCGAUUUUGUGAAAGACAUUUACGUCUGACUCAAGAAUGAGAAUCUUCCGGGGGAACAGAUGGACUUUGUGUACAUUGAUGAAGUUCAAGACCUUACCAUGCGCCAAAUUUCACUAUUCUGAUAUAUCUGCAAAAAUGUUGACGAAGGCUUUGUUUUUUCGGGCGAUACUGCACAAACUAUUGCCAGGGGGAUCGAUUUUCGCUUGGAAGAUAUUCGAUCCUUGUUCUAUACCGAGUUUUUCAUGAAAUCUAGAAAUGGUGAUUUUCGAGGAAGAAGAGAAAAGGGGCAUAUAUCGGAUAUGUUUUGUUUGUCCCAGAAUUUUCGUACUCGUACAGGAGUACUUAGGUUACCUCACAGUGUCAUAGAUAUUAUUUGCCAUUUUUUCCCGCUGUCGAUUGAUAUUUUACCUCCAGAGACGAGCCUUAUAUAUGGCUUGUCUCCUGUAGUACUCGAGCCUGGCAGUGAUGAAAACUUAAUUAUGACUAUUUUCGGACAUAGUGUAAAUGCUGGUCGAAAAUGGGUCGGUUUUGGUGCUGACCUAGUUAUUCUAGUGAGAGAAGAUUCUGCCAGAAAUGAAAUCUUUAACUAUAUUGGUCAUCAAACUCUGGUUUUGACUAUAGUUGAGUGCAAAGGCCUUGAUUUUCAGGAUGUCCUGUUAUACAAUUUCUUCGGCUCUUCACCUUUCAGCAAUCAAUGGCGAGUCUUGUACGAGUUUUUGAAAGAAAAAGACCUUCUCUAUGCAAACUCUCCAAACUCCUUCCUGAGUUUCAAUCACUCUAAACACAAUCUCUUGUGCUCUGAACUCAAGCAACUAUACGUGGCGAUCACUCGUACGAGGCAAAGAUUAUGGAUCUGUGAGAACAACGAAGAGCUUUCGACACCUAUGCUCGACUACUGGAGAAGAAAAAUCACAGGCAAUGAAAAAUCGACGAUUCACUAGCAGAGGCAAUGCAGAGGACAAGCAGCCCCGAGGAGGGAAAAUCACAGGGGAUCAAGCUUUUUUGGGAGAAAAAUUACGAGAUGGCGACUUUGUGCUUUUUGAAAGCAGGUGAUGAGACAUGGGAAAAGAGAGCUAAAGUUUCCGGGCUAAGAGCUUCUGGCGACACUCUUCGCGGUUUGAAUCCGGAAGAGGCUAAUGUGAUGCUUAGUGAGGCAGCUGAAAUAUUUGAUUCCACUGGGAGAACUGAUCCAGCAGCUGAAUGUUUUUGUGAAUUGGGGGAUUACGAAAGAGCAGGUUGUGGUAUACCUGAGCUCAGAAAGGCUGGCGAAUGUUUCUCUCUUGCCGGAAGUUUUAGACCUGCAGCAGAAGUUUGCGCGAAGGGUAACUUUUUCGACAAGUGCUUGACAGCUUGCACUAAAGGGAACUAUUUCGACCUCGGCUUGCACUAUAUUGAGCAGUGGAAGCGACAAGUGUCCCUGAACAGCAAGCUUCAGUCGAAAUCCAAAGAGAUUGACAAAAUCUCUCAGGAGUUUCUAUAA